GGGGGUGGGGAUGUGAAACACAGACGGCCAAAGAGCACACUCGGCUCCACCCCCUCAUAAAUAAUGCAUGAGGCAUUGGGUUGUUCCUGCUGAUUGGAGUCAGCUGGAGGAAGUAGCUGGUUUUUGGACUUACCGGCUGAGAGAGCAAGCCCGGGCUAGUAUCUCUCAUUGCUCUGUGAGCUUGCGUGGAUCUGCCUCUGUCUGUUGUAAAAGAAAUGUGGAUGUAGGACGAUUGGAUCUGCCUCUGUUGCAUCCUGCACCACACCACUUCCGUAUUUAUCAGCUUCACCUCUCCAACAGGAUUUACACGAGGGACAUGUAACCUCUUCCGCAAGGCUUUGUUUGUGUGUGUGUGUGUGUAACGGAGGGGACAACCUUCUCCUUAAGGAUUCACCAAUGCAUUCCUGUUGGAAAAUGAAGAUUCAGAAUGAGAAACCGCUUGGUCAUUCUGCAAGCAGGUCCAGCAACAUUUCAAAGGCUGGAAGUCCGACCUCUGUGAAUGCACCCUGCAGUUUCUCCAGGACUUCAGUGACGCCCUCGAACCAAGAUAUAUGCAGUUCUAAUGACCUCGCUCAGGACCAGAAGCCUUUACAGGCCACUGUAGUGCUGUUGAACUCUAAUGGUAAAAGCUCAGCAUCUCAGGGUGUCACCAUGACCACGCUCUGCUUGGACUCCCCCACCAAACCCAAGAAUAGGACCUUGUUUGGAAAAGAAUGGCUCUCCCUACUCAAACCAUCAGUCAACUUGAAACCAGAUGGAGGCAGUCUCAAAUUCUCAAAGUCACUGAAUGACGUGGGACAAAAGAUGGACGGCCUAUGCAACGGUCUUCACUUUAUAGACCACACAUGUUCGGAUGGGGAGCUGGGAGCAGAGAAGGAAGAACUCCUGCAAGGUGACCACAUCAAAGCCCUCAAUAGUCAAGCUUACUCUCCGCCUCCAUUUGCUUUCCAGCCUCCAUCCUUCCUCAACAACUAUAAAUACAUCUCUAACCCAGGGCCUGAGCACUGCCUGGCUCCCCCUGCUCCCCCCCAUUCAGACCUUCAAAGAAGCUCCAACUUCCUGCACCUCAUCUUCCCGUUCACCCGUUCGUCCACCGCAGGAAGUCUGCAGGCAUCUCAAAUGGGAAGCUACGCUCCAAGGCUCCACAUCCCCAAGUCAUCCAGCACUAUGCUGGAAGUCAGCGAGUCUUGCUGUAUGGAGGAGAUGGGAGAUGACGAGGUGUUCGAGGAGGUCUCAUCCCACUGGAAGCUGAAGAUGGAGGACUUGCGUGCUCCUCUUUGCUCCCUUGAGGAAGACGGUGACCUGGAUCGAUGCUGCUCUCCGCUGUCAGAGAAAAACGUGCCACUGUCACCCUUCUCCCUGUCGGGGGACUGCUGCAGGAUUUGCCACUGUGAGGGGGAUGAUGAGAGUCUGCUGAUAACGCCCUGUCACUGCACUGGGAGUUUGCGGUUUGUCCAUCAGUCCUGUCUGCAGCAGUGGAUCAAGAGCUCAGACACACGCUGCUGCGAGCUCUGCAAGUACGACUUCAUCAUGGAGACCAAGCUCAAGCCACUCCGCAAGUGGGAGAAGCUUCAGAUGACCGCCAGCGAGAGGAGGAAGAUCCUGUGCUCGGUCACUUUUCACGUUAUCGCCAUCACAUGUGUCGUCUGGUCGCUCUACGUCCUCAUUGACCGCACAGCAGAGGAGAUCAAACAAGCGGGGAGAAUACCAGGGAUACUGGAAUGGCCUUUUUGGACCAAACUGGUGGUGGUGGCCAUAGGCUUCACUGGCGGACUGGUGUUCAUGUACGUGCAAUGCAAGGUCUACAUGCAGUUGUGGAGGAGACUAAAGGCCUACAACCGAGUAAUAUAUGUGCAGAACCGCCCAGAGACCUGUAAAAAGAACGUUUUUGAAAAGCCCUCACUUCUGGAGCCAAACUUGGAGAAUAAAGAGGCGCUCGGGCCGGCGCAGUCGGACACAAACUCUUCCCAGUACACAGAGACAGAGGACUAUGGUAUGGAGAUCCUGCACGUGUAACCGCUUGGCCCACAUAUACCCCCAACUCUAGAGGACCGGCUGGGGCGUCGCAUGCUCUGGGACACAUGGCGAUGCCGCACAGCACCGGGCACGAGGGACUGUCUUGAGACUGAGACUCAUUUUGUUGUUUAGAUGUUCUUUUCUCUUUGUUCGUUUGUCCAACCUGUUCCUGUGAGUUGUUGGCCAACCAUAAUGAAUCAGUGUGUGCGCUAGAUCUCGGCUCAUUCCAACUACUGCCACUGUACUGCUGUCGUACAAGAAUUGAAAUCCACGGUCCGAGCUGUGUCUGUGGGGACGUGUCUGCGCUGGUUCUGACGGAGUCGAUGCAUACAAGCACUUUUUAUUUCCCUGUUCUAAAGAGAACUGUUUUUUCCAUGUUUUAAUAAUAUAUUCAUUCCCUUUCUACAUGGAUGAGACAUUAAAACAAACUUCAAGUUUUGCGAGCGAGAUCUCACAUUUUAUAGGUUCAUUUGUAUCUCCACAGACCCCCGCAGAAGGAACAAAGAAGGAAUCUGAAGGAGCGAUGAGGGAACAUUUACUUACUGUCAUGUAUCAUUCCACUUCUUUUAGAAAUCUGUUAUGAGUAAAUUCUGAAUUUAUUCUUUGUGUAACUGACAUGACCUAGGCUUUAUUUUGUAACAGCUGAUCAAUAAAUAAUUUGGAUCAUCUAAUUACAAUAUUUAUCCUAACAAGGGCUAGAUUUACUAAAGUGUGAUGCUACAGUUCUUAGCAUGUGCAAAAAUGAUCCCAUACGGUGACUAGUUACCGGCUGUGCUGCUGAUUUUUGCAUUUGCUGAAGACUUCAGUGAAUUAGUGAAAGACUUUAGUAAAUCAGGCCUUAAAGUGUAUGUUAUGAAUGUAAAGGAUUCGAAUUCCUCCAUUCAGUGUAGCAUCAUGCAAGCUUCUGUGUGUGAAAGAGAUUUACCUUUAUUGUGAAUUUUAACCUGCCGAAAACUUGCAAGUUCUAUCCUAAAUCCUACGUUUUCUGGUUUAUCUCAUCUUCCUGUUCUUUUAUCAAAUGGAUUAUCAAAGAUCUGGCAUUACUUCCGAGCUGACUUUAAACCACGGCUGAAAACAGUCCAUAGCAGAUUUCCUAUGGCUCGUAACUUCAGGUUUAUAAUUAUUCUGGAAUAUUGUUUAGCGUUUCAUUGGCUUUAAAUGAUGGAAAAUAGCCAUGUUAGUUUUGGCCUUCAUUCGACUUUGAUUGACAUCCCCAGCAGUGAUGUGCUUCUUAUAUAAACUCUAUUGUGAAUGAAUAUUUUUCAUGCUCUGAUGUUCAAAAGGUACAGGAUGCUUCUGCCAUCUAGAGCUACUGCACAGACAAUGCACAUUCAUCAUUUUUUAACCUCUUCUGACUGGCUUUGUGCCAUUUGACCAAUAAAAUAUGCUAAAUGUUCAGUUUGCUAAUGGCAUAGCUUUUGUAUUCCUUAUCAAACUUGAGUUCUAAUGUUGAGUCUGUCUGUCUGUGUGCGACCAAACUAAUUCUUUGGAUAACGUCACAAUGUAUGCACUACAACAAUGCAUUUAUGCAACCCUGUCAGCUCUGAGAUCAUCCAAAUGAAGCCAUGUUUUGUUGGAGAUACGUGGAAUAAAACUACUGCACUGGUUAUGUGGUUUGCCAGGCCUCAUACACAUGUAAAUCCUUACCAGCUCAGUUUAAAUUCCCAUAGCCUAAUGAAAUGAUACAUUUGAUCAGUUUUACAGAGAUUCAAUGUAUACAUUUCCCAAGUUUUUUUUUUUUUUUUUUUUUUUGAUAGCAUAUUUGUACAACUGUGGGAGCUGGCUCCUUUUACUAUCUAGUGGUGGAAACACUUAAACACACACACAUUUUCCAGAAUCUCUUUUUAGCACUGCACUUGAUCAUAUUUUGAUGGAUGUGUUUUAAAGUGCAGUAAUAGUCUCCGUCUUAGAAGUGUUCCAUGCAUCAAACUGCAGUGCAUUACUACUGAAUUGGCUUGAACAUGGAUAACAUGACUGUUUCUUGCAUCUCCCUCUUAAUUCUUGUACUUUUUCUCUAGUAGUAAAUAGUUUCUCUUUGCAUUUUUGAGCAUUAAAAAACAACCAAUUAAAGGAAAUUAGGAAAGUUAUUUUCAGCAGCCUGUUGCAUCAGAUGUUUGCUUUUAUAAAUUACUGUAAUAAUUGGUGAUUAAAACAGCCUGGAUAUACUAAACAAAUUAUUUCCCAUAGGAAAGUUAAAUGAUAUUCUGAGUUGGUCAUUUAUGUGUGUCAAGGCCUUUAAUAAACUCUGUUAAAUAGAUGACAUCAGUGGAGUUCAACAAGCAUUUCACAUUGUGGCUUUCUCAGUGGAUAAAUACUGGUUCUGUGAAACUGAAAAGGCUGUAAUCUACAUGUUUGUAUUUUCUCUCUGUUUCGCUUCCUUUAAAUCACCUUAAUCUGGUUAAUUUUAGUUUCUUCUCUGAGAUAUGAGUGAAUACAUUUGUGCUGUGUUUUUAAGGGGAGUCUGAGUGGAGCAAUAAAAGAAAUCUUAAAGUA